UUUUUGUUUUGGAUUGAGGGCGCUAGUCAAGAUGGCUGCUUCCACGACCAAGUUAUGAACACUUUAGUUCUGCUUUUAACUUCAGAGUUCAGGUGAAAUAAUCUUCUCCAAGGAAUUUACCUGACAAGCGCUUCCUCUGCGGCAAAAUGGCAGAUGACAGAGAGAUCCUACGAGAGGUGUGGGAGGGACGCAUUCCCGUCUGCUUCACCCUGGCCAGUGACGAGGUCACAUCCGAGCAACCGGACCUAUUCUUUCUGCUCAUAUCCAGGCAAACCUACAUCACACUGGUUACCGAUAAGGUACAGAAACAUUUCAAGAAAUUCACAGAUGUGACAGAGGAGGACGAAAUGUGGUUUGACUAUGAAGGGCAGCCACUGAAGUGGCACUACCCGGUAGGAGUUCUCUUUGACCUGUAUGCGCACGGUAUCGUCCUUCCAUGGAACAUCACGGUACAUUUCAAAAAUUUCCCCGAGGAAGACAUCCUGCGCUGUAGGAGCAAAGACGUGAUAGAGGCCCAUUACAUGUCCUGCCUUAAAGAGGCUGACGUUCUUAAACACAAGAGCCACGUCAUCAGCAAUAUGCAGAAGAAGGAUCACAAGCAGCUGUGGACAGGUCUCCAGAAUGAUAAAUUUGACCAGUUCUGGGCCACCAACCGUCGGCUGAUGGAGAGGAUAUCAGAUGAACCAUUCAAGUUUGUUCCCUUCAAGAUUUACCAGCCCCACACCAUGUACAUUCAGAAACUGUUCCGGCCAGUGACGGAGCAAGGGGAGCCGUUGCUGCUGAAACACCUACUGGAGGAGGCGGAGCCAGACAGCUGCAGAAGCUCAGAUGGAGCGAAACAGAAAGUCUUAAUUCAAGGCAUCGAAUCUCCACUAGACACACCAGUUCAGUGGUUGAGCGAACACCUAAGCCAUCCCGAUAACUUCUUACACAUCUGCUUAGUGCCAGCAACUGCGGAUAAUCAUGAAAUAUAACAAAUGCACUUGAGGCCCUUCUGUUGGCAGCAACUCUAAUGUGACUGUGAUGCCAUCAAGUAAAAAGACUUGUUUGUCGACCAAGGUCAAUUUGUGGAAUUUCAUUCCUUUAUAAAGUAUACAGUGUCGACUUCAUUCCCAACUUCGGAUUAACAGUAGUGAAGUCAAAACAUUGAAAAGAUUUGAUUUUGGCAAUUUUAUUCUGAGACAUUUCUUUGACAAAAUUUGACAAACAACUGAUUUUGCUUGAUCGCAUUGUGUUUGUGUUCUUGCUUGCAAUACAUAAAUGCCACACAUCUAUUGUCUUGACUGAGGUGGAAUCUCUCUGAAGACUUCUCUUUGUAGAAUCUUUCAAUAUUCAACCUUGUUACCAUGAUGCGAGCGUCUAUCUUCACAAGCACCUGGCUGUGUAGAGUAAAAAACAAUAUUGAGUGGCAGUUCAGAAUACGUGUAAAACUAACUCUUACUGUAAAUACAUACUGUAGGUCCUGCACACUACAUGUUCUGGUGUUAACUCUUGGCCGUACUGCUAAUGUAUGUAGGCACUGCUAAAGAUCGAGAUGCCUCCGUCACCUGGAAGCCUCAUUUUUGCCAGAUAUACUUGGAACUUGUGCUUUAAAUUUGAGCAAAGGGCGGAAGGAUUUAUUCUGCGAACAAACAUUCACAAUUAACAAAUGACAUUAGGCCUUCCAUCCUAAUUUAAGUGUCGAAGAAAGAUGGAUAUUUCAAUGGCAAAAAAGGGGGUCAAGAUUACACAAGGCACUGGGAACAAGGUUGGUCAUUACAUUAUAUUAUGCAGCAAACCUUCAUUUAAAAUUUUGUUUGCAUUUUACAUUUGGAAGAGGAAAAGGAAAGGUUUAACCAUCGAACAACGCACUUCUGUUCAAAACUUGGCAGUGAUAACUUUAAGUGUCGUAAAUGUAUAAGCCGUUAUUCCCUAGAAAAGUACAAAGAAAUGUCCUUCAUAAGUUGAAUUCAGAGAAGUUGGGCCUUGAAUUGUGUCUGAAAUGUAGUUUUCAAAAAUAAAGGCCUGUUGAUUUAAUUUUUAUCACUUUUAACUUCAUUCAGAGAUAGAAGAGAUAAACAUAAUCACAUUAUCAUCUCUUCAUUCAGAGAUGUUAACCACUUCCUGCCGGGGCAUUUAUCAAUGUUGAUGAUGCUAGGGUGGGAUUUUUAUCUUUUUUUUCUGUUUUCAAAAUUCUUUAAAAAUUCCUAUCUUCAUCUUCAUUUACUGGUCACUUACAAACAUGUGGCAUGUCUUGUGUCCACUCUAUCCUGACAGACAAAAUCUGUUGACGCCCGAGUAUUUCAGCCAGGCCUGCAGCCUUGUAAAAAGAGCCCAGAUUUU